AUGGCGGAAACAUUUAUAAAUAAAACUAUUGAAACCAAUCAAAGAUUUAUGAAAAAACAACAACAAUAUGCAGAAACUAUUACACAAGUCAUUAAAACAUGUUUAGAAGAUCAUAGUAUAAAUAAAAUAAAUUCAUUAAAAACUUUAUUACCAGCAAUAGAAGAGGUUGUAGUAAAGGAAUCACCAAUUUGUGGAUAUUUAAUGUAUAUAUUGGCAGAUAGCUGUAGAAAAUGUAAUUUAUAUGAAGAUUCAAUUCAUUUUGGUAAUCAAUCUUUACACAUUAGAGAAAUAUUAUAUGGAGAAGAUAGUAAUGAAGUUUGUAUAUGUUUGGAUUUACUAUCAUUAUCAAUGUUAGAGUUUUAUCAGUAUGAACAAUCAUCUAAAGUAUUUUUAAGAUCAUUCAAAGGUAAAGCGUUGGGUGGUUACACUACGUUUUCACAAUUAGUUUUAGAUAUCAAUAAAUUUAUAGUUUCAAUUACAGAGCAAUCAAGUGUACUAAAAAAGAAAUUGCAACUACAACAACAAAAACAACAAUUUAAAGUCAAUGAUAUCCUUAUCAAUACAUUAGUGGAAUGCAAUCAAUGUUUACAAAAAAUUUAUUUUGAAUCCCUCAAAGAUACAAGCAACCAAUCACAAGAAAGAACUGCUGAAAUUAGAAAAGCACUCAUUUCAUUAUCAAUGGAACAGUCAAAAUUACAAUUGAAUGAUAAAAAGUAUUUAAACGCAAUAAAAACAUAUCAAGAAAUUUUAAAAAUUUUAAAUAAUUCAGGUUUAAAGGAAGAAAAAUUAAUUUAUGAAUCAUUAGUUUUAACCUAUGUAAAAAUUGAAAAAUAUGAUCAAGUUAAAAGUACAAUUGAUUCAUUUAUACAAAUGGGAGUCAAAUGUUAUAAAGUACCAUCGAUCGAUAUAGCAUCAGUAUUAUGGUUCAGUGGUAAAGUGUUGGAAGAUCAAUCGGAUAGAGCAUCACAAACAAAGCUUUGUGAUCUAGUAGACGCAUUACGUUAUUAUCUCUGUACAUUUAAAAUAUCAAGAGAAAUUGGUGGAGUUACCAUUGGUGAAGAGUCAACAGCAGUAGCCCAAAAGAAAAUUCGUGAAAAAAUCGAAACUAUUCUCUACAACAAUCGUCCAUUAAAGCCAGAGGAGGUUUUAACAUUAGUAGAUGGAAUGAUCCGAUCGACCACUACAGAUUUCCUUUUAAAUGGUUCAAAAAGUCAAAAUUGGUUAUUAAAGUAUGUCUAUCCAGAUUUUAUGGCAGAAGAUGCGCUUCGUGAAAAAUUCGAUCAAUUACCCACUAAAACUGGUUUCCUUUUCAAGAUGAAUGGUUUAAUGAAGAGUUGGAAAACUCGUUGGUUCUCUGUUGAGCGUGAUCUUUUAUCCUACUAUAAAUACAACAACGAUCCAAAACCUCAAGGAGAAUUACAAAUACUCGAGAUUAAAUCUAUCGAAAUUUUACCAAAAGAUAAAAAAUUCAAACCUUAUGUCCAUUGUUUCCAAUUGGUUCAUCCCAAACACACUCUAAUAUUAGCUGCUGAAACUGAAGAGGUUAUGAAGGAUUGGGUAAAUAUUUUAAAUAAAGCAAAGCAAUACUGGGAAGAUUGGUCAAAUAUCUCUUUAAGUCUUUAA